UCGACUCCAAUCAUCAAACAGCCGUCGGUGACCCGCUCUCUGCCUCCCUUUGCCCUCCUCUGCCCUUUCCUUAAAUCUCUACGUAAAUGAAAACUGUAUUUUAUACGUGUAAAAUACGUACAUAGAAACUUAUAAAAACUCUCUCUUUUCCUUUAUUUCUUUCUAUUUUUUUUCCCUCUUCAUGCAGUGAACGAAAUGGGCAACUGCUUUGCACGUAAAACGGUGAAGAAACGACCCGUCACAAAACGGUUGCAGAACCAACAAAACGGACCCAACUCCAGCAACCGGUGGGCCAGGGUCCGAUCGUCCAGGAAAGACAAGCUUGAUGAUGCUCUGCUUCAAGAGCAGGCUUUAGCAGCUGCGAUCCUGUUCAGGCAACACCAACAGCAAAACGGGGGGGUUUCAUUGCCGUUUGACAGGUCGACUUCGUUGAGGUACCCGAAUUCUUGUUCUGGGUCUAAGAAAGCGGGUCAGUUGCCUCGGAGUUCCAGUUCCAGAGCUAGGUCCCUUACUGACCCGCUUUUGCAACCUCAUCAGCUUGUUAAUCAGGACGUAAAGCUCAAUAACUUGGAAACAAAUCAUUUUGUUCUUGUCCAUUGGGGAGGCUUUGGUGCUUGGUGUUGGUAUAAAACAAUUGCACUCCUAGAGGAAGGUGGUUUCAAAGCUACUGCGGUUGAUCUAACAGGUUCUGGCAUUCAUUCAUUCGACACAAAUGGCAUUACCAGUCUCUCACAAUAUGUGAAGCCACUAACUGAUUUUCUUGAAAAACUUCCCGAAGGCGAGAAGGUGAUCUUGGUGGGACAUGAUUUUGGUGGUGCAUGUGUAUCAUAUGUGAUGGAGUUGUUUCCUUUGAAAGUCACAAAGGCUGUUUUUGUGGCCGCUGCAAUGUUGACAAAUGGACAAAGUACACUUGACAUUUUUGCCCAGCAGGCAGGUUCUAAUGAUCUUAUGCGACAGGCUCAGAUAUUUUUGUAUGCUAAUGGAAAUGACCAACCUCCAACUGCUAUUGAUCUAGACAAGUCUUUAUUGCGGGAUUUGUUAUUCAAUCAAAGUCCUUCCAAGGAUGUUGCGUUAGCAUCUGUUUCAAUGAGGCCAAUUCCUUUUGCACCAGUUUUGGAGAAGCUUUCCCUCUCUGACAUGAAAUACAGAUCUGUGAGGCGUUUUUACAUAGAAACUCCUGAAGAUAAUGCCAUACCUAUGGUGCUUCAGGAAAGCAUGAUUAACUCAAGCCCACCAGAAAAAGUAUUCCAUCUAAAAGUCACUGAUGUUCUGCUUCUGACAAGCCUCCCUUCGGAGAAACCGACCGGACAAAACAUGUGUGGAUGAUAUGCAUCCUCUAAGGCAUGAUUCUACGAGGCCCCGUUUGGUAGCAUGGAUGCCAGCAUGAAUGGGUUGGCACGAUGUGGUGGGAAUAGCAACUCACUGUACCAGAGCCUCAUUCGGUGGUCAAAAGUUGCUGGACGCUCUCCAACUGCACGGUGCUAUGAUACCAAACGGGGCCUUGGUAUAUUUAGUGUUAGCACAAUGAUUUUAGGAGUAACUAUGAUCUUACACAGGCAGGUAGUCAAAUUUGGCCACAAAUCUUUCCCCACAAUGAGAGAACAGAACUUUCAUUUGAUGAAGAGAAAGGGCAAGAAAAUGGUUGAAAAUUCCACUAGUUUUCAUCCACAACCACAAUUGCACAUCACUUUUGUAUUUUUUGUUUGGUUACCUUGUGAGCCUCUUAAACACUUGUUUACAAUCCCCUUUGCAAAAACAGCCAGACACAAAUGUUAAAAGCCAGAAGAUUGGUGUCUGCCAUAACAGUAUGGUUGGUAGCAAUGUUACAUCUUCAUCAUGCCAACUGUUUGCAAACACAAACCACAAAGUUCAUCUCUCACAAC